CAUACACAUGUGUUAGAAAUUCGCAUAUAAUUGACUACGUCACACUCUUUCUUAUCUUCAAUGUUUUACCGCAAACGUCAUAAUCCUCAGGCGCCUGAUCAAGUACCUACUUAUAUACCAAGUAUAUCAAAAUUAUCUUUGCCUGAUAAAUAAUACAGUAUUCGCAUAAUACAUCAGACAAACCAAAUUGUGGUUUCACACGUACUAGUAUAUUUUUAUACCUAUUUUGUUUUUUAUUUAUUUAAUUAAAUUAAAAAAAAUAAGGCUGUCUCGUGUGGUGGCAAGUUGUUAAAGUGAAUAAGAAUGAGUGCGGUGGUGAACGAAAUCUGUGACUUGCUGCAAGCGCAUGCGAAUAGAGAUAAGGUAGUAUCACUAGCAAGUUACAUCCUCAAGCUAUGGGGUGCGUCUGCGCAACGCAAGGACUUACUGGCGGCAAGCGCGCGGUUGGGCGCCGCGCGAGCUACCAUGCGCCUCUUCGAUGACGCAGUAGCUCUGAAAACUUUGUUAGCUUAUGGGCUAGGAAGACAGGAUGGCCCCCUAUGGGGCUCCCUGGGGGUGGCAAGCAGCGUGUUUAACCUGGCGUACCUUCAAGCUGAGAAGGUGGUCUGGCUUAUGGACACUGGCGUCUUAGUGGUUUCCAAAGAGUUUGAUUAUAACGCCAGAACCGCUCAUAAGCUGUUCUGGUCCCUCUCUGCAUUCGUCGGGCUUGUACGAUCAAUAAGAGCGCUACACGCCAGCGCUUUAUCCUUGCAAUCUGCUCAACGCACAAAAUGCGCCGGCGCACGCUACAGACAAGCUUGCUUCGUAACCAGCAAGGCGUUUCUCGACGUCAUUCACUCUGUCAGCUGGCUGCCUCAAGGGUGGCUGUGGGGUGGCCGGCUUAGUGCCGAGAAAGCUAGCUCAGUGGCUAUUGGCUCGGCGGUCUUAGCUUUGGUCAUACAUUACCAUGGGAAGCGGUUGGCGUCUGUUAAAAAAUGAUGCUAUGAAGAUGUCGAAUGGAUUUUGAUUGUAAGGCAGUAGUCUCGAGAAGCGAUAAGAAUGUGUAUAAAGCACAUUUUAUGUCGGGAUAAUGCUGUUAGCAUUAUUUUGUUCAAUAUUUAUUGCACAAAAGUCAGUAUGUAGAAGUAGAUCAAAAAAUAUUUAAUUAUUUAGGUAUGUAGGUUUAAUACUUAUAACAUAUCUAACAUAAAAUUAUCACGCCUAUUUUCCGGAGGGGUAGGCAGAGACAACAUCCGCUUGCGACGAUCGUUGCAUACUUCUUUCUUCCACCACACCCAUAACUCUCUUCAUGCAAGCUGAAUAAUAUAUAUAAAAAAAAAAACUUUUUUUUUUAAUUUCACCAGUCUUAAACCUCUACUUUGUUUAAUAUGUAAUUACCUAUUUAAAUGCUCAAUAAUUUAGUUAACAUACUAUUGUAAAAUAUGUAAUAAAAAAUCUAAUUACAUAAUAAAGUAUAUCAUAUCAGCCACUUGAAAAUGGCAAACGGUAGGAAAAACAAUAAAAUAUAAGUACACGUGAAAAUUAUCUGGGAUAAAAUAUAAUCCGUAUCGCGACAUACCUAACAAUAUAUCAGAUAAGUUUAUCGAUAUUAUGAUAUACGAUCGAAUCUGUUUUACCGUCUGGUUUAGCCCGGAAAACUAAUUCGAGGCGAUAAGACAAUGUCCGACUUUUCAUGACCUUAGGUACUGACGUAAUGAAGACAUCGGGAAUUCUACUUUAAAUUUUUACAAAAUUGUGAAUAUUUCAUGUGAAUGAAUUUUUGAUGUUGAUGUACCACGAAUUUAAAAAUUCCAUUGACAGAUCCAACAUACAAUUUUCAUAAAAAUCAGACCAACGUUCGAAAGUGCUCGCGUGACAAACAUAGGUACAUACAAAAAAUGUGUUUUCGUCCCAAGUUGUUUGCUCGCUUCGCAAUUGUACAUCACUCAAAUUUUGUUACUCAUAAAGACCUGCGGAGCUUUUUACAAUCGUUGAUAGGAAUUUCUUAUAUUUUCUCUCGAUCCGUCUCCUAAAUACCUACCGAUGGACAUGGAAUAUCUGAGGCCAAACCCGCGGGCUUUUAGCCAAGAUACAAAAAUAACUGACGUAAAUUAAUUUACUUAAUAAAUCAAACUGAAAUAAUUUUUUAAAGUAUUUUACAGAAUGUUUUUCUUCAUACGAAUGUUAAACUAGCCAUGUAUUAUAUAAUUAUGUUAAUUUUUAAAAAUAAAACUAAUUAUUUUGAAACAUAUUUUUAUUCGUAUAAAAAUGACAUGGCUUUUUGAGCAUAUAAUAAUAUUUUUUUUAUUAUAUAAGUAAUUCUAUUUACAAGUAUUUUUAGGGUUAACAUUGUCUUUUCAUCAUAAACAAAUACAAUACUUUAGAGAGGCGGUAUAUUUAAAAAAUUAAGCUGUCUGUGGUAAUGAAUACUGUAGCGCGCAUAACUAUUUUAGCAGACAUUCCCCAACCCUAUUUUUAUGCUAAGGUUGGCGGCCUCGUCGGCCGCAGCCUAUCACCAUGCGUAGCGCCGCGUGCAUUGACAAUUUUCCUUUAAACGGUUGUCGUUUCAUCUCGAACGCCCAAUGAGAGAGCUUCCCGCCUUUUAUGUUAAUAAACUAAAAUAAUAUUUUAGGAAACAAUUUUCAUAUCACAACGCUAAAAAAUUGCCUCAAAACUAAACAAAUAAUGAAAAUUUAGUAUUUAUAAAACUGUGAUGCAAUACCUAAUACGUAACUGGAUUUAAAUUAAGUCUUAAAUUAAUUGUAAGAUUAGUUAAUGGCAAAACAAAUUACAAUAACGACAAUGUGACUAGUUUUCACACUUGUAAUUAGAAAAAAUAAUUUUUUUUUUGUUUAAUCUAUAUAUAAUAAAAUAUAUAAAAAUCUUUAUGGCAUGUCAUAAACUGUAAAACUCAAAUCAAGUUUCCAAAUAUUACAGUUUAUGACAUCCUUGGUUCCAAUGAGUUCCAAACUAAAUUUUUAAUCGUAAAAUAUAAAUAUAAUAAAAGCGCGAUGCAACUCUCAACAUCACUAGCUAUGCCCCCCGGGUUCGCUCAUGUGGGAAUUCAAAAUACUUUGUUUCUUUACACGAUGGUCUGCACUUGCAGCGACCGCUUGUAAAACAAUCA